ACACGAUACAACGUUUUGUUUUAUGUGUGUGUACGCGGCUUUACAUCGUUCCAUUGUCAUUCCCAAACGUCAAUGUCAAAAUAUUUUGGCGCCAAAAUAACUGCCCCUCCCCCUUUACCUAUGUUAUUUGUUAUUUUUUGUGUUAAUUAAACUUCGUAGUAAAUCUUUUUUAUUUCAACACAUUUAAUAGGAUAUAUAUCCGUUAAAUAAACAUGGAUGUGGCUGAUGUAAAUGUAGGUCAGCGCCAACACAGGGAUGAAAUCGGCAUAAGAUGUCAAAAGCUGUUCCAAGAUUUCCUUGAAGAAUACAAGGAAGAAGGAGAGCUCAAAUACUUGGAGCCAGCCAAAGAGCUACAAAAUGAGGAGCGUAGCAUCAUAGAAGUUAGCUUUGAAGAUGUCGAGAAGUAUAAUCAGAACCUUGCGACUACAAUUAUCGAAGAGUACUAUAGGAUUUACCCUUACCUGUGCCAAGCCGUAUCCAACUUUGUGAAGGACCGUACGGAACUUAAGAAAGAAAAAGACUGUUAUAUAGCUUUUAUGGAUGUACCCACAAGGCAUGUGGUUAGAGAAUUAAAAACCGAUAAAAUUGGCACCCUCAUAAGGAUUUCUGGACAAGUUAUCAGGACACACCCGGUACAUCCAGAGCUGGUUUCUGGAACUUUUGUUUGUCUUGACUGUCAAACUGUUGUUAAAGAUGUUGAACAGCAAUUUAAGUACACCAAUCCAACCAUAUGCAGAAACCCUGUAUGUAAUAACAGAAGAAGGUUUAUGUUGAACGUGGACAAGUCCAAGUUUGUCGAUUUCCAAAAGGUUAGAAUCCAAGAGACACAAGCGGAGUUGCCUCGAGGGUGUGUACCUAGAAGUGUGGAGGUCAUUUUGAGAGCAGAAAAUGUUGAAAGUGUUCAGGCUGGCGACCGUUACGACUUUACCGGCACCCUAAUAGUCGUCCCAGACGUGGGGGCGAUGUCCCUUCCGGGAGCAAAAACCCAAAUAGCGUCCAAACAUCGACAUUCCGAAGAAGCGGAAGGAGUGAGGGGUCUAAAGGCGCUGGGGGUGCGAGAUUUACAUUAUCGAAUGGCGUUUUUGGCGUGCAGCGUCCAACCGACGAAUCCAAAAUUUGGCGGGAUCGAGAUGCCUUUGGGGGACAUCACGCCGGAAAUAAUGCGACAACAGAUGACCGAGGGCGAGUGGAGGCACAUGUACGAAAUGUCCCACGACAAAAAUCUGUAUCAUAAUAUGAUUAACAGUCUUUUUCCAAGUAUUCAUGGCAAUGAUGAGGUAAAAAAAGGGAUUUUACUGAUGCUCUUUGGCGGAGUAUCAAAAACUACUAAAGAAGGAACGACACUGAGAGGAGACCUUAAUUGUUGCAUCGUGGGGGAUCCCAGUACGGCAAAAAGUCAAUUUUUAAAGCAAGUUUCGGAAUUUUCACCGAGAGCAGUAUACACCUCCGGCAAAGCGUCAUCUGCCGCCGGUCUUACCGCGGCCGUAGUAAAAGACGAGGAAUCGUCCGAUUUCGUUAUAGAGGCGGGGGCGCUGAUGUUGGCCGAUAACGGCGUUUGUUGCAUCGACGAAUUCGAUAAAAUGGACCCUAAGGAUCAGGUGGCCAUUCAUGAGGCGAUGGAACAACAAACCAUAUCUAUCGCCAAAGCGGGUGUUCGUGCUACUUUAAACGCCAGAACGUCAAUUCUGGCAGCUGCCAACCCAAUAGGAGGUCGCUACGACCGAUCCAGGUCCCUUCAGCAAAACAUCCAACUUUCCGCUCCGAUCAUGUCCAGGUUCGAUUUGUUCUUCAUACUGGUUGACGAAUGCAACGAGGUUAUCGAUUAUGCGAUCGCAAGAAAAAUAGUCGAUUUGCAUAGCAAUAUCGAGGAAACCGUCGAGAGGGUUUAUUCCAAACAAGAAGUGCUGCAGUACAUAAGUUUCGCCAGGAAGUUUAAACCGGUUAUUAAUAAAGAAGCCGGAGAGCUUCUAGUAAGUUUCUAUAAUCGCCUGAGAUUGAGAGACAGUUCGUCCACCGGUAAAUCCACCUGGAGGAUAACGGUGAGACAAUUGGAGAGCAUGAUACGUUUAUCAGAGGCCAUGGCGAGAAUGGAUAUUAGCGACGAGGUGCAGCCCAAGCAUGUCAAAGAAGCAUACAGGUUAUUAAACAAAUCCAUUAUACGAGUCGAGCAGCCCGACAUACACCUUGAGGCAGACGAAAACCAUUCCAUACACGAAGACGAAGUUAUUGAGGAAGAGACGCCGCAGACUCCAACUCCGGUUCAGCAAUCGGGCAAAAAGAAAAUGGUUCUCAGUUUCGAGGAGUACAAGAACCUGAGCAACAUGAUUGUGGUGUACAUGAGGAGACAGGAAGCCAAAAUGGAGGAGGAAGGUACCGGGGUGCACAGGAGUGACGUAGUCGAGUGGUACCUGAACCAUAUCGCCGAUCAAAUUGAAUCCGAGGAGGAGCUGAUCGAGAAAAAAGACUUGUUGGAGAAGGUUCUGGAUAGGCUGAUUUACCACGAUCAAAUCAUUAUCCCUUUAACAAAAAUGGGACUUAAGGGCAAAUCCCAAGAAGAAGAGGAAGAAGAAAAUCCAUUGCUAGUGGUCCAUCCUAACUACGUUAUAGAGUAAUUCAGUGUCACUUGAGAUCAAGCAAAACUCGUCUUAUAUUUAAGUCUCAAAAUUCAAAUUAAGGAUAGUUUGUCAGCAUUAUAUAUUAAUUUUUUUUACGAAAAAUAAACAAAAAGGUAUGUAUUGAUA